UUUGAUGGUGAGCAAAAAGAAUUGAUCAAGAAAUUGGUAAACUUUUUCAUGAUCGAUGGUAAAAGAACGAGAGUUCGUGCUAUUGUUUAUAAAACUUUUCACCGCCUAGCUCGAACUGAACGCGAUGUAAUAAAACUUAUGGUUGACGCCGUAGAUAAUAUAAAGCCAAUAUGCGAAGUGGUCAAAGUAGGAGUCGCAGGUACUAUUUAUGAUGUUCCUGGGAUUGUAGCCAGGGAUCGUCAACAAACCUUAGCUAUUCGUUGGAUCCUUGGAGCAGCUUUCAAACGACGUAUAAGCUACAGGAUAAGCUUAGAGAAAUGUUCAUUUGCUGAGAUACUGGAUGCUUACCGAAAGAGGGGAAUUUCACGUAAGAGAAGGGAGAAUCUUCAUGGACUGGCUUCCACCAAUCGGAGUUUCGCGCAUUUCAGAUGGUGGUAAAGUGAUACCACAUAAGGAGCUCUUCCUCAUUCAGUCAUACUCAACAAAAGUAAGAAAUGUUUGACCCGGAUCCUUUUUUCAUCUUCAUAUAGAAAGAAAAUCGGCCUUCCUCAUACUCCCCCCUUCAUUCAUAGAGUUGGAGGAAUCCACAAGAGGCCUGCCCGUUCAUAAUUGCAUAAAAGAACCAUUCUUUUUAUGAAAACUCUUGUUCCAACCUCACCUCAGGUCGAAUGAAUACGAAAGGGGGAUCAAUCAAAUCAAUAAGCCAUGAAUGAAGAAGUAGUGGGCCUUUCGCCUUAUUUCGUUUGACUCGUGGAGCUGAGAAAUCUACUUCAAAGAGAGGGAAAGAGUGCUAGUCCGAAAGAACAAGCAAGGGAUGAGCGCACGGGAGCGAAAUCCGUUGCGCCCACGCGCAUACGUUUUCUUGCUGGGUAAUUUCUCAGAAAGUUUUUGUGUUGUUGAUUCCUAUUCCUAGGUGUUGUGCUUUUUCCCCUAUGCCGCCUAUUGGUACUAGUGGAGUAGGAUUGGCCUGUAAUACAGAACCUAUAGGUGGUGUAACCUUUCGCUCAAUACUCAAAUCUACAAUUGAAGCAUCUGAGGCUGCAUCAAUCGAGGAUACACGACAUAAGGAAUUGUUAGAUCUCCAAACUGAACUUCGCCUUCACCAAGCGUGGGUUUUCACUGGUCCUAACUAACGGUUGGCAAGCGAUCCCCUAUUCUGCAUCCCGAAGAUCAGACGGCCCAGAGCCGGAGCGAUCAUUCAAGCAAGUUACUCAGCUUGAGUUUUUCAGUCAAUCAAUAGAUUGUGCAGUUUCUUAGUCUUUUGGUCCACGUCUUCAUGACUUAUAGAAAGGGUUUCUUUCUUUUACAAGAUCAUGGAAGCUUCAGAAACCAUCCGAGAUCUUCUGGAAACAAGAAAUGUUGCAUCAAAGGGUUCAGUGGUCAUAUCAUAGUGAAAUCGAGUUUCUUGAUUUAGUCGAUAUCAAAUUCCCAACUUAGAAAUUCGAAAGGACUAAGAUUCUACUUCUUCCUCAAAUACUGGGAAUGUGGAUUCAAGUAUGAUAUCACUAUUCCACAGAUCUCAAGAAAACGAAUUGAACAAGUUUGAUGGCUGGAAGAAGAUAGGAAAUAUUCAAACAUGUAUUGCAUUUCAUCGAUCUCACCCUUUGUUCAGUGCCGCAUAAGUACUGACUUCUUGAACAGAUACCGGUACCGGUCAUGAAGGCUUCGCCCUUCUCAAGUCAAGUGCAGAAGCGAAAUCCGUUGAGCAAGAAGCCAGUGAUCCCACAACAUCAAAGUGAUACAUAUGACAUAUUGGAAAUUAGGCUUAGUUUGUAGCUGUGAAUAUAGUAAUGCACUUAUUUAUUGAUAAAUAUGUUCUUUCAAGUAGAGCAUACUCGGUAGAAAGGAGGUGGCGGAGCUGGGAAGAGGAUUAGACUUUAUCGAUUACUUGGACUUAGAGACCAAUUAUAGAAAGAAGACAGUAGCUGAGUGAGUUUUAUGGAUCUAGUUUAUGAGCAGCUUAACUAGAAAAGCAAGCAGAAGGAAUAGAAGAAUGAAAUGCAGAAAUAGGGGAAGGGCGGGUAGCAUUUUCAAAUGCCAGUUUGAGUGAGACAGUUUCUGUCUGGCCCCCCACUUUUAGGCAGUUCUUCCAUUCUGCCUUUGUCUUGCUCUAAGCUACCUGACUUCCUUCCUUUGUUCUUCCAUUCUACUUUGUAUGAUUCUGAUCAUCAGUUCUUAUCGAUCCCAUUUUAAGGAAAAAUCCUUAUGUUGGUAAAAUAUACGUGUUGAUCAAGGACAAUGAAGCAGCCAUGAAAAGAUUGAAGAACGAGGUAUGAUGAUUACUUCGGACUACUUUCUGUUCUUCAUGCAAAUGACCAUAUUUUCCGUCUGCAAUACAGGUAGAAGAUACUGAGUUGUUCAGAUGUUUACAGGAAAUCCAUGGGAAAAACUACCACAGCUUUGUAUUAAGCAAGCAGGUUCCAGUCGUUGGUAAUUUCAGGGAAGCCUACAUUGGCAUUGCUCCUGAGUUAGCCAAAGAGAUCGCGGAAGAAGUGGAUGUUAUCGUAAACUCUGCAGCAAAUACCACUUUUGAUGAGAGGUUCGUGAAGCUAUACUAGUCUUGCACCAAGGAUUGCUUCCAUUACUAAAUGUGUAAGUUCACAUUCCAUAGCAAGAAAAGUAUUGCAACUUGCAGGUAUGAUGUAGCACUAGACAUCAACACCGUGGGGCCAUUCCGGAUAAUGAGUUUCGCGCAGCGGUUUCGAAGACUGAAGCUCUUCUUGCAAGUAUCAACAGGUCAGAAUGCCAAAUAAGAGUUUCUUGUGGUCGAAAUCAAAUGGUAACCUGUUUCUAUUAAUCUCAAAAGCUUACAAACAAGCUUUAGCAGUAUGUUUGCAUGUCAUGUUUUUGGCCAAACAGCAUAUGUGAAUGGGCAGAGGCAAGGUUUGAUACUAGAGAAGCCAUUUUGCUUAGGGGAUACCAUAACAAAGGGGAUAGGUUCCUCAUAUUUUUCGGCACAUCAGAAUACCGUGUUGGAUAUCGAGGCUGAGAUCAAGUUGGCUUUUUACUCCAGAAGGCAUUCUUCUGCCUCUGCUUCUGUUACUCAAGAAAUGAAAGAGUUAGGUAGUCGAGGUAUUCUAGUAUUUCCCUGUUACUUUCUCAUGUCUGUAGAUACGAAUACACACAUGAAGUAUUUGAUUUGUGCAAUUUAUUUAUUCAUAGGGCCAAACUCUAUGGUUGGCAAGACACUUAUGUGUUCACAAAGGCCAUGGGCGAGAUGGUCAUCAACUGCAUGCGAGGAGAGAUACCGGUGGUAACAAUCAGGCCAAGUGUCAUAGAGAGCACAUGGAGGGAUCCCUUCCCAGGUUGGAUGGAAGGAAACAGGUAAAUGCUAAACCCAAAUCUGAGGUUGCGGAUGUCACAUAUAUAUGUGAUGCAUCCUCGUCUGCUUACCAGAUAAUGAGCUAUUUCCAGGAUCUAGCAGUGCGUACUAACUUUUGACGGGUUGAUGGUGAGGAUCAAGUAUAUGACCUAUAUUCCUCACUAUUAGAGGACUUCAAAGAGGAGAUUCCAUCAUAAUCUCUGGAAGCUAGUGUCAAGGAAGCCGUUAGCCGUCACCUUAACUGAAAGUUGGUGAAGAAGGUGUAUAUGCCUCUUGUCUAUGGUAAGACACAGCAUAGUGCAGCAGCGGACAUCCAGAAGGGGCUUGACUUCAUUAGAAAACGUGCUGAAAGCAACAAAGUGGCGGACAUUUUUUUUUGCAUUCUGGGACAAGAAAUUCCCAGCCAUUGCUAGGCUGAGCCAUGUUAGCAAAGAAUGGUUUCUCCAACAAUAUGAGGAUAAAUCCCUUACUAAAAUGGUAGUGGUCACAAACCCCUUCCGUGUACAAUUGAAAACAUUAACAAUACGAAAGCAAGAAUCAUCAUUUAUACUGGGAAUGCCUUCCUCUACCAAAAGAGAAAGAGUUGAAGAUAACGAAGGAAAGUGGGUGGAUACAAAACCAGUUCAUAUCACUUGUCUUUCUGGUCUUUCAGAAUCUCAUCGAAUACUAGUAAAUGCUUUCGAAGAGAAAAUAGAAGCACUAGAGAGCUCAAGUUCACUUCAUUCAUCACAAGAUGCAAAUGAGAAUCAAAAUGGAGCUAAUGAGGAAGAAAUCACUUCUACUUAAACUUUUUUGAGUGAAAUACCAACCAACACAUAAAGCAAUAACCAGAUAGAUAGAAUGAUAACAGGUAAUACGAAGAUAUCAACACAGCCGGAGUCACGAGGCUCGAUAAUGACCAAUGGGUUAGGAUCUGAGGAAGCUUAGUUUGGAUGAUGGAAUAUUCGCUGUUCUGAUUGUUGAGAUACUGCAAAUCCACUUAUCCAACAAUUUCAGUCCAUUUUCCUACUUUUUCUGCAAGGGGGGGAAAGCAUUAUUAUAUCCUUAAUAUGACUCUCUGUCACACGGAUGCUGCUGGGCUGCUACAAAACCCCUAUAGUCGAAAAAAAGAUCGAAACAGGGAUAAAACGUAGGAUAACCCAGAUCACUCGGACUAGCUGAACUCUCCAGAACAAACACAACCUAGGUGGUUUGACUAACGUUUUGGCACAUUAGACUAACCUAAGACAACUCCUGGCUACAUUCAGUCCUAUCGAGAUACAAGCUGUUACCAACCUGAUACAACGCAAGUCACAAGCUUGACACAGCGAGAAUGGCUGCAACUGACAACUCCUGCAUCUGAGAUUGACAACUCUAGUAACAGAGAAUGACAACUCCUGCAACAGAUAUUGACAGAGCAUGACACUCUCAACUGAGCUCAAUCCAGCUGUGAACAAUAAACAACACUGAAAGUAAACAACACGGUUAUCACAAAACUUGGAUUCCGGAUUACAACACUAUAGGCAAUGAACCACCACUAACGGCCCAUAACGUUAGCUGAUAGCCGCUGACCGUGGAGUACUUGCCGAUCCAUCAGCGAGGACUGUAUCAUUUAGCGAGCUAAAAACUUAAGGAACAUGUAUGUGAGAGUUCCACUUUAGCUCCCUCAACACCAGGCGGGACGAGCAGCCCUAUACCACGUGUAGCCACACUCUAGUGUCCUUUUCUACUUAGUUGGACAGAUCACUUCAGAAAAUCGUAUAAAAAUCAAGCAAGAAAACGGAUGCGCUAACGCGCAACGGCUUUCGCGCUAGUUGCUCAAAAAAUCGUAUAAAAAUCAAGCAAGAAAACGGAUGCGCUAACGCGCAACGGCUUUCGCGCUAGUUGCUCAAUCCGUUGCUUGCUUCUCUUCUGUCUUGGAAAAGUGAGGAUUUCCUAUCUGAUCCAAGGGAAGGAAGAGAGGUGGAAAGUGUUGCUGUGUCAAAUCGAGAUUGUGUGGGUGUCCGCUCAUGUUCGACGCUAUCGAAAAUCAUGCAUUGGAUGGAUGCCCGGGCAUUGAGAAGGAAGGACGCUUUCAGAGGCGAAAGGCCAUGGGGAGAGAUUUUUCUGUGAUCCAUGGAUCUCCGAUCGGGAAACCGUAUCCAAGCUCCGUGGCUAGUCUGCGCUCUUUGGACUUUUCAAACUUAGCGAACUGAAACAUCUGAGUAGCUAAAGGAAGGAAAAUCAACCGAGACCCCGUUAGUAGCGGCGAGCGAGAGCGGAACAAGGGUUUUCAUCAAAAGAAAU